AGCAUUCAUAAAAGGUGACAGCAUAUUUUAAUGUAGGUGGGUGGAGUAGUCGAGUGAUUCUGAAAAGCUUGUAAACGCAAUAGAAACUGGUUUCAGUCUAACCAUCGGCCACAGCCUCAACAAGACAGUUUACACCCACCAAAGACAGAAUGAGUGCUGACGGAACUGGAGACCCACCUCCGUAUGUCAUACCAGUAGAGGGUGCCAAUGGCUCCAACGUCAAGGUCUACCAUGUGCACACUCCAUUCAGCCCACAAAGCUCGACUAUCGACGAUUCUCGAACCCAGAUGCAAUCAGCCAGACCUGUUCAGUCAACAGAAGCCAAAAAUAAAUUUGUCAGCUAUGAAUCAUAUGAGCUGGGUCGCAAUCCAGGAAUGGCCACCUGCACAAGCUGCCAACAGCAGGUCUUAACCAAUGUCACCUACAAAGUGGGAGUUUACGCCUGGUUGAUGUGCUUACUCUUCAUCCUGUGCGGGUUUGUUUUGUGCUGCUGUCUGAUUCCAUUCUUCAUGAAGUUUUUCAAAGACGUCUAUCACACAUGCCCUAAAUGCAAUAAGAUCCUGCACAUUGAAAAGAAGCAAUGUUGCUAACCCUUCCCAAACUUUAACACCACUCAUGUAUUUGUGUGGCACCUUACACCAUAUGAAGGACUGGAGGACACUUUCGGGCCAACACAGAUGUCAUCUAAUACAAACUUGCUUGUAUAAACUAAAGCUUUGCAAUCUUUUUCUUUAUUAUUACAUUAUAUUACGUAUACAAAUACAUUACACUCUCAAAUGAACAUGAAUACUCAUUGUUUUGAUUGUAUAUCUAUAAAGGACUCAGGGUUAAAGCUUCGGAGUGUUGAGGAGUUUGUGGAACCAAAGAUUAGAUUUUUAUAUCACGAUGUAAAUAUCAGUGAUUCUGGCAUUAACUGGUUUCACAAAGAACCUUUAACAUGCAUGGAAACUUUCCAGUUGGACAAAGGGAAAAAAAUUUGUUUAGAUUAUUAAAAUUAGAAAAUGAAAGUGUUAAAAUGAAGGUUUUUUUGUGCAUGGUUGUGCAUUUAGAUAUGUUUUUUUUUUUUUUAAACACGGUGUAGAAAACCUGGAUAUACGAGGUGUCUUCAUUUGAAAGUAUGAUUUCUAGAACUUAAUUUCUUUUUUAAAAUAAACGAUAGACCUUUUUGUAGUUGUGUCAAUACCUAAUAAAUUCUAUUGGGAAAAACCUGUAAAAAAAAAAUAUAUAUAUAUAUAUAUAUAUAUCUCCUGGGAAAAAGUCAUGGGGUCUUUGAAUAUUACUGUGGGCACUGGGAGGCUUUGGAGUCUAAAGGUUGAGAACACUUAACUUAGGACUAACAAGAUCUUUUAAUUAAAAUAAUGGAAAUCGUACUUUCAAAACUCACUUUUUUAAUUACCACAUUACUAAAGCGGACUUACUGAUUAGCAUUUUUUCACUUCUGUAAGUAGUCUGAAUUUUUAGAAAGUCAAAAAUGUCAUAAUGUGCAUCUAAAUGGAACCGUCAUAAUAAAACUGAAAUGUGUCUGUGCAAUACCUUAA